AUGAAUCAGUUUCUAUUUGACAGAUCAACGGGCAACUUGGGCACCCAAGCCUUUGCCCGAAUUCAGACUUCACGGCUCAUUCAUUCCAUUCAGCCGGCUUCAAGGAUACGAUUUGACGGCGGCGAAAAAGAAGUAGUGCUCAUCAGCGAUGAUGGGAGUGAAGCGUUGCAAUCCAGUAUUCCAUCGGUAGGAGUGAGUACAGAGCCCAAAAUAUGGGCUCAUCAGUCAGGUGUAAACAGCUUGGCCAUAGAUAUCGAUAACAGACUUCUUCUUUCCGGAGGUGCAGAUUCCAACAUAAAAGUCUGGGAUUUAGAUGAGAAUCUACCAGGAGCAAAGCAUACAUUCAAGCCAUCAGAUGGAGUUCCAAAGACAUCUUUAACUCACAAAUUUGGUAUCACUCAACUGAGCUUCUUUCCUUUUGACUCUGGAGCAUUCCUGUCGACAUCCUAUGAUCAUCAUCUCAAGAUAUACGGAACAGAGACACUUGCAGUUUCUGGGGACUUCGACCUGGGCUCAAUAGUCUAUACUCACGCCCUGUCUCCAAUCGCAAGCCACUUGAUAGUCGCCUGUGCUACUCAGCAUCCGGCUGUGAGACUUGUUGACCUCCGUUCCGGCUCGAGUACGCACGCUCUUGCAGGCCAUCAUGGUGCAUUGCUAUCUUUGGCGUGGAGUCCAACCAUAGACCACAUUCUGGCAAGUGGGGGCAUAGAUGGCACUAUUCGUCUAUGGGAUAUCCGUAAGAGCUCAGGAGCACUCGGUGUAUUAGACAUGGAAGAUUCAACUGGCAUCGUUGGCACUGAUGGAAUAGGGAGAAGUGCUCGCCCAAGAGACUCCGGCAAAUCUCACUCAGCCGCAGUGAAUGGCUUGACAUGGACUGGGGACGGCUCAUAUGUUAUAUCAGCUGGGCACGAUGACCGGAUCAGAGUGUGGGAUGCAGCCACCGGAGCCAAUACUCUUGCCAGUUUUGGGCCAACUUUGAAGAAUGGGCAUCUGUCGAACCUUCCUCUCGUAGUAAAUCCACCCGGCACUACAGCUCCCACAAAAGAUCUUCUUUUCUACCCAAAUGAAAAGGAGAUCCUUGUCUUUGAACUCCAUGAAGGUAGAUUACUAAAACGUCUGAAAGUCCCAGGUCCCAAUAUUGCAGCAGUGAGAUCCAGAACCGGGGAGAGGAAUGUCAAGAAUAGGAUUACAGGACUGGUGUGGAGAGGCAUGGCAGGUGGCAUUUACUCUUCACAUACGGAUGGACAGCUCAGAGCUUGGCUUCCUAGGACCGCAGAAGACGAUGAGAUUGAUGAUGAAGAAGAGAACAUUUCGAAACGGGACGAUAAUAAUGAAAGUGAAGGGGUAAAAAGAAAAAGGCAGGUUUUGGAUGAUGUAUUUAGAGACUUGACGAGACAGAAGAUAACUUUUGGCUGA